AUGAGCAGAGACUCUCCGUUCAAAAGAAAUGAACAGCAGCAUGGUGGAAAUGGAAAGCAAGCCCACUUCCAGUCACACACACACAACUUCCCUGAGUCACAAGUGGCACCAGACCUCACCAAGUACCCCCUACGACGUGAGAUGGUGAGUUCCGGACUCCUGAAGUUUGAUGAUCGCCCUGAAAAUUAUUGGGCAUGGAAAGCAUCCUUUCUCAAUGCGAUCAGAGACUUGAAUUUAUCAGCCAGGGAAGAGUUAGAUCUAAUUACCAAGUGGCUAGGGGCAGAGUCAUCUGAGCAAGCAAACAGAAUUAGAUCUGUCCAUAUUUUCAACGCAACAGCAGGACUUAACAUGGUCUGGCAACGACUAGAAGAGUGCUAUGGUACACCCGAAGUGAUCGAGAAUGCACUGUUGAAGAAAAUUGAUGAUUUUCCAAAACUGGCUAACAAAGACAAUCACAAACUAAGAGAACUAGGUGACAUUCUUCUCGAACUGGAGUGUGCUAAAGUAGAAGGGUACCUUCCAGGCCUCGCUUAUCUGGACACAUCUCGGGGGGUAAACCCUAUUGUAGAGAAACUUCCAUUCAGUUUACAAGAAAAAUGGAUAGCACAGGGAUCCAAAUAUAAGGAGGACUAUCGGGUAGCAUUCCCACCAUUCUCGUUCUUCUCGAGAUUCAUCAGGAACCAGGCGAAAAUAAGAAAUGACCCCAGCUUCACCCUCUACACCUCAACUAACCAGGUGUCCAUGAAAACUGAGAAACCUGCCAGGUACAGCAGCAAGACACCUGUGACUGUAUACAAGACAGAUGUGUCAUCUGAGGCCUCAGACCACCAAACCAAACCCAGUAAGACAAAGGUUGAAAACCCUGACCGUCACUGCCCAAUACAUAACAAGCCUCAUCCUCUUAAAAAGUGUCGUGGGUUUAGAUACAAAACUCUAGAUGAGCGCAAAUCAUAUCUCAAAGACAAUGGCAUUUGUUUCCGAUGUUGUGGGUCAACUCAGCACAGAGCUAAAGACUGUAAGGUUUCAAUCAAGUGCUCUGAGUGCGACAGCGACAGGCAUCUUGCUGCUCUGCAUCCAGGCCCAGCCCCUACAAAUACAGACACCGCUACAGCAGAGACAGAGCAUGGCGGGGAGCAAGGUGACGAUGCUCUUCUAUCUGUCACCUCAAAGUGUACAGAGAUCUGUGGUGAGGCAGUCAAUCCAAGAUCAUGUUCAAAAAUAUGCCUAGUCAAAGCUUAUCCGGCUGGGAAAAGAGAGAAAGCUGUCAAAAUGUAUGUAGUGCUUGAUGAACAGAGUAACAAAUCUCUGGCCAAGACAGAGUUUUUCAGUCUCUUCAACAUCAAUGACAACUCUGCUCCAUACACCAUGAAGACGUGUUCUGGGGUAACAGAGACUUCAGGCAGGAGAGCCGUCAACUUCAUGGUAGAGUCUAUAGAUGGACACAUGCAGCUCACUCUCCCUACUCUGAUAGAGUGUGAUAUGAUGCCAGACGAUAGGAUGGAGAUUCCCUCCCCCGACAUUGCAUAUCAUCAUCCCCAUCUGCAACCAGUUAUGGACAGAAUUCCAGCUGUGGACCCAGACGCUCCCAUCCGCCUGCUCUUAGGACGAGACAUCUUAAGGGUACACAAGGUACGAGAGCAAAUCAAUGGGCCCCACAACACUCCUUAUGCACAGCGACUCGACCUCGGGUGGGUCAUCGUAGGUGAGGUCUGUCUGGGAACGGCUCACCGACCAGCCAAUGUUAACGUGUUCAGGACAAACAUACUUCAAAAUGGUCGCACAUCCUAUCUGAGCCCUUGCCCUGACAUCAUCCAGGUAAAAGAGAACUACAACAGCGUAGCUCAGAAACACAUCUCUCCCUCUACAGUGCACUCGAGAGAUCCAAACACAACUGUGAACACAGACAGCCUGGGAUGUUCCGUGUUCGACAAAACACAAGACGAUGAUAAACCAGCACCAUCAGUGGAGGACAAAGCCUUCUUGGACAUUAUGGACAAACAGGUUUUCCAGGAUGAUGGAAACAACUGGGUGGCUCCACUACCCUUUCGCCCCACUAGACGUCGCCUUCCUAAUAACAGGGAGCAGGCCAUGAACCGUCUCACAUCACUUCGCAGGACUUUAGACAAAAAGCCUGACAUGAAGCGUCAUUUUAUUGACUUCAUGCAAAAGAUGCUGGAUAACGACCAAGCCGAACCUUCACAGCCACUAGAGGGAGACGAAGAACGUUGGUAUCUGCCCAUAUUUGGUGUUUACCAUCCACAAAAGCCUGAACAAAUACGAGUAGUAUUUGACUCCAGUGCUAAGUGUCAAGGCGUGUCACUUAACGAUGUUCUGCUCAGUGGUCCAGACUUAAACAACACACUCUUGGGUGUCCUAAUGCGUUUCCGCAGGGAUUGCAUUGCACUAACAACAGACCAUGCAACCAGGCCCAUACUUGCUGCGCUCUUAAAACACACUAGUUGGUUCUCAGGUCCACCGUUCCUGACCCAAACAAACUCGAGUAAGCCUGAGAACAUCAAUUUUGACCUUGUAGAGCCUCACACAGAUGCAGAGAUUCGACCAGACGUCACUGUCUUUGCCUCUAAAGUUUCUGGAGCUCAACUCGGCUCUCAUCGCUUUGAGAGGUUCUCAAGCUGGAAAACUCUCAAUCGAGCCACAGCACGACUCAUUCAUGUUGCAAGAUCCUUCCAUGAAGGUGCAGACAACACCAGCUGCAGAGGCUGGCAUGACUGUAAUAAACCAUGCGGUACAAGUGAGUUGUCACAAGCCAAAACAGCAAUCAUUCACUGUGUGCAACAUGAAGCCUUCAGAGAGGAAUUCAAAUGCAUUGAAAAAGGAAAAGAGUUCCCAAAGCAAAGUACACUCAAAAAGCUGAACCCAGUGAUUGAUGAGGAUGGGUUGCUGAGGGUGGGAGGCCGCUUAUCCUCCGCCGACAUGUUACAAGACGAAAAACAUCCUCUCAUCAUACCACGGACACAUCAUGUUGCCACUCUGCUGGUAAGACAUUAUCACGAGCAAGUGGCUCACCAAGGCCGUCAUUUUUCAGAUGGAGCUAUUCGAGCAGCAGGCUUCUGGAUUAUUGGGAGCAAACGUCUGGUCUCUGGUAUCAUUCACAAGUGUGUCACCUGCCGCAAGGUUAGAGGGAGGUUAGUUGACCAAAGAAUGGCUGACUUGCCUGCAGACAGACUCACAUCUGAACCACCAUUCACCAGCGUUGGACUUGAUGUGUUUGGACCAUGGAAUGUCAUAACUCGUCGCACUAGAGGUGGUAGUGCAGACUCCAAGCGCUGGGCGGUGCUCUUUACAUGUAUGUCUACUAGAGCAGUCCAUAUCGAGCUUAUCGAAUCCAUGUCCACAUCCAGCUUCAUCAACGCGCUGAGGCGUUUUUCCGCUAUCCGUGGUCCAGCAAAAGUGCUACGGUCUGAUCGAGGUACAAACUUUAUAGGUGCCUGCAGGGAACUGGGUAUCGACACAAAUGACUCGGAACUGGCUAAAUACCUCUCAGAUAAGGGAUGUACUUGGAUAUUUAAUCCUCCACACUCGUCUCAUAUGGGUGGUUCUUGGGAGAGACUCAUUGGGGUUGCCAGACAUAUUCUUGAUGCUAUGCUGUUUCAGACGGGCUCCACUCGUCUCACACAUGAGGUCUUGAGCACUCUUAUGUCUGAAGUUAUGGCAAUAAUCAAUGCGAGACCCUUAGUGUCAGUAUCAACCGACCCUGACAUGCCUACCAUUCUCACACCCUCAAUGUUACUUACACAAAAGACCAGCGCUACCUCAGCCCCUUCUGGAUACUUCAGCAUGAACGACCUUCAUGGAAAACAGUGGAAGCAAGUCCAGUGUCUCGCUGACACCUUUUGGAAAAGGUGGAGACAGGAGUACCUGACAACGCUGCAGAGACGCAGAAAAUGGACUGCAGAAAAGCCAAAUGUAAAAGUGGGAGAUGUUGUCUUAUUGAAAGACAGUCAGGCACACAGAAAUGACUGGCCAGUCGGGCUUGUGGUAAAAACCUUUCCCAGUACUGACAAAAAGGUUAGGAAAGUAGAACUAAAAAUUGUCAAGCAAGGAGCUGCUAAGGUGUUUCUGAGACUAAUCUCAGAGAUUGUUGUUCUUCUUUCUAAAGCAUCCUAGAGACAAAAGAUAAAAAUAGAAAGGACAUUAUUUGUUUCUUGAUAUGUUUUAUUUCAUAGUGGCACAAUUUCAUUAUGCCAGGCGGGGAGUGUGCUGCCAUCCUGUUAGAAGGUAACAGAUUAUUUUAUUACAAUGGUUAAAUUGGAUUUUCAUUGUGUUCAAUGGUGUUAUUUGCCCCCUAGUGGCGCUUUCUGGUACUUAGAAAGACGACGCAAACAGGAAGUACAGAAUUUGUUUUGCACGCAUAGAAGCAGCUACAAACAACGCUACGGUGCAGGUCUUUCAAUGUAGUUAUUUCUUGUCACGCUUCAGCCUUGGAAACAUAUUUGUUUUUUCACAACAUAAACGUUUUCAAUAUAUUCAUUCAAGAAAAGUCACGCCUUGGGAGUUUUAUUGAAGACUUAGUUGUUAGCUAUCUGUCUAGUUUUGCAUGGGAACGCAACUCAAGGGCAGAAUAACACAUAUGGUAUCAUGUAGUAACCAAAAAUUCCAUCAUGUUACUGGCGGAAAAGGGUGGUGUGUGUGUGAUAUUCGGAGCAGAGUGUUGUACUUUCAUCCCUGAUAACACAGCUCCAGAUAGAUCAGUGACCAAGGCCCUGGCUGGUUUAACCACAUUAGCUCACGAAUUGGCAGAGAACUCUGGGGUAGAUAAUGCUCUAACAAAUUGGUUUGAUAGUUGUUAUGGGAUUUUUAUGAAUAAUGACUAAAUUAUGUAUACAUUUAACUUAGAACUAUAACUAAACAGACUACUACUCUGUUACUGUGUGAAUGUAUGAAUCUUAUUAUAAUCACAAUACUGAAUAUAAUGUGUCUAGUUUUAGUCAAGAAUUAGAACAAGGACUUUCCGUUCCUUGUUAGAAACUAAUGGAGCUAUCGUCAGACCGGCUGGAAUACUGUGUUCCUUAAAGGACAUUCUGUCCCCGCCCAGGGAGGGGAGAGACCUUGGGUUUGUAGUAGAUUGUUUAACAGGUGGCAGACAAUGUGAGAAGGCUUGUGAACUAUAUUGCCAUAUCUGAGAGGAGGAGGGACAUUUAUGACGAAAUGUGGAGGUAUAUAGACCAAUGUACCGGAAAUGAUAGGGAGAAAGUUCCCGUGAAUAAACAUUUGACUAUUGCUGCUGGGCCUCCGCCUGAUUCAUUUCAACCAGUUUCCUACAAAUUCUGGGUUUCAGGCUGAGAGUAAUAUAAUUAAAUUGGGUUAUGAACAUUGAGAACAAAAUUCUCCUGACAAUAGUGUGUUUGGGAAAUGUAAUAAUCACUGUGUUGUGGGCAACUUUCACAUGUAUGAGUGUCUUGGUUCUCUGUGGAUGUUGUUUGGUCCUCUGUGUGAAAGGUUUGCUUACCAGGACUCUGGAGAGGUCAAUGAUUCAACAGAUGGUGAGGUGCGGACCGAUUUCGAGCUCCGGCCAGUGUAAUGACAAAUACAGGCCUCCAGGCCUAGGAGAUGGCUCCGUUUCUUUUAACUACGAGGAGCCAAUGUUGGAUGAGACUAUUUUUUGAGGGUUAAGACUGUUUUUUAUGAAGAUUGUAAUAAAAACCCAAACAAGAAUUGUUAGGAUACCUAAUGUAGGCCUAUAACAGUCAUUGAUGGAUAGGAAUGAAAAUACACAUAUUGGUUUUGUGAGAUUAAUAUUGACAAUAUUAAUAAAAAUAGAUGUGUAAUUUUUUGGAGUUAAUGUUUAGGCAAUAAUUAACAGUAUUCCACCCUGUCACAGUGUAACAUAUGGAAAUGUGUUUUAAUCAUAGCAGACAAGGAACCGUGGCAGACAACUUAUGACCACUGUGAAUCUGAUAACAGGGAAGGAGGUCUCCCCACCCAGAGAGGGGAGAAACCGUUGGGCUUGCAAUAGAUUGUGUAACAUAUGGCAGGAUAUGAUAAGCAAUGUAUAAUGUAUUGGUCUGGAUUAUUCUUGUAUACAAUUGAUGUAUCAGUGUGUAUUAUUUAGUCAUUAAGGGUUGAUUGUUAGUUGGAUUUAUCUGUUAAUUGUAAUGAUUAGAAUAUUCCGCCCUGAAACAUGUAAUUGUAUGGAAUGGAUUAGAAUGUAUAAAAUCAUAAUCAAUAAGUCUGAGCUCGGUGCCGACCUGACUAGAGAUUUGGGAGAGAACGGGGAGUACGUCUCAAGGCCAAGGUCUCCCUAAUCUCUAUCGGCUGGUUAGUGUGAAUGUGUGUGCGUAGCAGGACAUUGUGUGCUAAUGUUAGCGUUAAUGUGUGUGCGUGAGAAGCCGGUAUAAAAUUAAUUGUUUUGUAUUCUUGACUUUAGAAUGUUCCUGUGUAUAAAACUGUUUGA